AUGAGGCUUGUCGCUUCACCCCUACUCUCCUCUCCUAUGUCUGUUGAUUAUUCUGCUGGUCUUUCUCCUUAUGCAAAUAAGGGAUUAUGUGGACAGCCAGAGCUAUAUGAUUCAAAAGAAGAUUUUGAUUUGAAUAUUGAACGAUUGGCAACUCUUAUUCGGUCAUCAACUUAUACUGUCGUUCAUACUGGAGCUGGAAUAAGUACUUCUGUGGGAAUUCCAGAUUUCCGGGGUCCAAAAGGCGUGUGGACUCUGGAGAACAAAGGAGAAAUUCCAAACGUCGAUAUGACAUUCGAGAGGGCCUCGCCUAGCCUAACACACAAUGCACUUGUGGCACUUGAAAAGAGCAAUUACAUUCACUAUGUGAUAACACAGAAUGUGGAUGGUCUAAAUUUGAGAUCAGGCUUUCCCAGAAAUAGACUUUCCAUCCUUCAUGGCGACAUGUUUAUUGAUUCCUGUACCACCUGUAGAUCCUCUUACAUAAGGAAAUCAAAACCAUCUCCGACAAUGAGACAACGAUUUACCGGUUUUAUGUGUUGUCGUGUAAAGCGUAAAGGAAUAUUUUGCCGAGGCAAGCUGCACGAUACUAUAUUAGAUUGGGAAGACUCUUUGCCAGAGCCUGAUUAUUAUCUUGCUUUAGAGCAUUCCAGACGUGCACAGUUACACAUUUGCCUUGGCACUUCGCUUCAAAUAUUCCCUUCUGCCAAUCUUCCAAUCGUGACCGCCAAAGCUUCGAAUUUGUUUGCGUACUCUGCAAAAAGGAGAAAACUUAAUAACGACGUGAAAUUUAAUGAAUCUAACGCGGUUUCUAGUAAACUCGAAGCUCAUCACCCCUGUAUGGCCGAGCACAGUAUGGACUCGAAUGGUUAG